UCCGAUUGGGCGUUACAAACAGAGCUAGUGUCACACAGUGACGGGCACGUUAUCAGAGCUGCGUGUACUUCUCUAUCAUGGCAGACGAUUUCGGCUUUUUUUCUUCCUCGGAUAACGGCGCGCCAGUCGAAGAGGACCCCGCGGCUGCUUUUCUUGCCCAGCAGGAGAGUGAGAUCGCCGGCAUUGAAAAUGACGAAGGCUUUGGAGCGCUGGAAGGUGCUGGGCAGCAACCGUUGUCGCAGCCCUUCUACGAUGGCUUUGACAUCGCACCGGCAGCCAUCAAUGGAGAUCUUUUUCCGGAGACAAAUGGCCCCAAUGACAGCUAUGCUGCAAUAGCACGAGUGGACCAGCUUAGGCAGGAACCAGAGAGCCUGCGAAAAUGGAGGGAGGAACAGAAAACUAGGUUGGAAGAACUUGACCAUGCAUCAAAAGCAGCAGAGCUAGAGUGGAGAGAAAAGGCCAAGAAAGAGCUAGAAGAAUGGCACUUGCGCCAAAAUGAACAAAUGGAGAAGAACAAAUCCAAUAACCGGAUUGCUGAUAAGGCUUUCUACGAGCAGCCCAACGCUGAUGUGAUAGGCUAUGUGGCCUCAGAGGAAGCCUUCCUGAAGGAGAGUGAUGAGGACACUCCAGGCUCAGAGUGGGAGAGGGUUGCACGGCUCUGUGACUUCAACCCAAAAACCAACAAGCAAUCCAAAGACGUGUCCCGCAUGCGCUCUGUGCUUAUAUCCCUCAAACAGACUCCCCUGGUCCGUUAAUUCAAAUUUUGACAGGAGUGAGUAGAUUUUGAGGGCUUUUACCCCCAAAAUGGCUUUCUCCAGAUAACGGUAGUAGCUACGAAACUGCCGUGUCUUUGUUGCCUGGACCAAGGGUAGUACCAAAUAUGUUGCAAGUGGUUCUUCUCUUACCAUCUUCACCAUGCAGGAACACUCUUGUCUUUUUCCCAAUUUCUUUUUCAAGAAUAUUAUUUUUACUAAUAUUUGUUUUUUAAGCUGUUGAUUGUUUGGUUUUCAUUUUGCAUUAGCCCUAUUUAAUAUAUAAAUCCUUAAUAGAGGGCCAUGUUUAAUGUGAAUAUCCAAACCUGACAUGUGGAUAUUCUCGCUUUUGCUGCAUUUUUUUUCUUGUUGUGCUAGAUAGAUGUACAGGAGCCAAAAUGUUUCUUCAGUGGAUUUUGUAUUCUGCCUUUCCACUCGGAUGAUAGAGGCUCAUGUCUUUCAUCAAAUGAAGGUGCCAUUUUCUUGCAGCGUUUCAUCUAUCUUGGCAAAUGCUGCUUCUAAAAAUGCCUUUUAACAUUGUGUUUUAGUAGCUCCACAGUGCUUAUUUGUUCACUCUGAAGGCUCAGAUGCCUUUUCUGCCAAGCAGACAAUCUCAGAAGUUCUACAAUCACGGCCAAUGAUUACCUUCCUAAAGCAAACGAACCAGUGGCAUUUAAAUUUAUUUAAGAGGGGAAAAAACACAAAAUGUUUGUCUGUUACGUUCACAGGUGCCAUAAGCAGCUGUAGAGAUCUUCUUUAGCAAUGAAAUGCCUUUAGGCAGGGCCUCGUUAAAUCUCCCAGUGCAGUUUGGGGCUACUUCUACAUGGCUGCAUCUUCUUUAGGGGAAGGAGGAGUCAAGUUGCAUGUCUUAUGGUGAAAAUGUUAAUUGCGGAGAAAUGGUUACAACUUAUAGGAAUAGAAAGUGUUUUCAUAGUGCAGUCUGCAUUACUGUUGCUUUACAUUUAGUGGCAUGUGUCAAAAUAGUCAUCAGAGCGGCACAAAUUCAUGGCCAUUGAUAUCUCCUUUCAGUUUGGUUUGGUUGGAUUUCCCAAGGGUGUCCAUCAGCCCAUGACAGGCAUGAAGUGAAACAGUAUUUUUGGGACAGAUUCUUUGUUCAAUUCAGUUUCAAUGAAGAAUAGUUAAAUUCUAAUUUUCAAUCAAUGCAAGAGACCUCCAUCUUGUGUACAAAGGAGGUUUUCAGUCUGUGUGACUUACAGUGAGGUUAAAGUUUCCAUAUAGUUCAUAAACUGUUACUGACUUUUUCUGGGAGAUUUCCAGAAGUAAUAAACAUUGCUGUUCACAUGUUAUAACAUUUUUGUUAAUAAAUCAAAGACAAAAUAA